UUCACCUCGUACAUCCUAUUUUCGUAUAUUGACAUACUCGACACUAAAUAGCGAGGUCCCCGCUACCUGAGUAGAUGGCUUAAGUGCUUUGACUCAAAAUUAAGGAACUGAAAAACGUGUUUUCGUCAUCUUGGACGUAACAGAAGAUCAGAUGUAUCAGCCUGAUACAUCGCGAUACGAGCGAUGGGUUAGGUGUCCGGAGCCAGCUGUGCAAGAACCUUUUUGUGAUUCCAUAAUGGUUUUGUUUAUGAUGUUUGUUAUUUAUUCGCAGCCUCAAUUGUCCACUUCAGGGACGGUGAAACGCUCGGCAAAAAGGAGUCGGGGCCCUCGUGUGGUACCAGCGAAAAGAGCCUGCCCACCAGCGAAAGGGAAGUUUUUGGAGCUGAGGCGCGUGUACGUGGCUAUGGGGGACCCAAAGAUCGUCAGGGUCCCAUUCAGAGUGACAUUCGCUGAAGGUUACAUGUAUCCGAUCCCUUUCUGCGAUCCGCUGGUUGGAUUGCUGUCACCGAUGACAUCAGUUGAAGCCAGCUGGUUGGUGUCAGCGAUGCCGAGGACCCUCAUGGAACAUUUCGAGUUUGAUACCAUAGUGGCGUUGGUAGCGGGAUUGUGUCCGGUCCAUUUAUGGAAUAUUCUGGAGAUGGCACCUCUUCGAGUCAGAGCAGUUCUAGAAGAGUUCUGGGAGGAGUGCAAGCCGUCAGUGCCUCUCUGCGUAUAUUGUGGCCAGGGCCAUGUCACUUCAUGA